GUGGAGCUGGUCACCGGGGUGUUGGUGGCAGUGCUGAGGGGCCCCUCAGUGCCCCAUCAUGGUAUCUGCUCUCACCAUACUCUUCCUCGGCUGCUGGCCGGCCCUGUGGAGCGAGGUGUCUGGAAAACUCCCUGCGCCCAGACCCUCCAUCUCUGUCAGCCCCAGCGGGGUGAUCGUCCUGGGGGCAGCCGUCACCAUCCGCUGUCAGUGUCAGUGUGAGGGCAGGAAGUUAUUUCUUUAUAAAGAUGGAAUCCAAAUCAAGGAGCUGGAUGCUGGGGCCAGGGAUGAAUUCACCAUCCCCAGUGCCAGACGUGGAGACGGAGGGUUCUACAGCUGCAGAUCUCACUCCAGCUCGGAGCUGCCCAUGGAUCCCCGUGAUUACGUGCGGAUAGUUGUAGCAGAGCUCAGCUACCCCAAACCCUCCAUCUCCCUGAGCCCCUGCAGGGAAGUCGCCCUGGGGGAAACUGUGAUCAUUCUGUGUGAGUGUCGAUGCCAGAACGUGACGGUCCUCAUGUAUAAACUUGGAAACCCGGACGUACGGCGCUGGGCAGAGACUGCUGGGGGAGUGGCUGAGUUUACCAUCAACAACGUGAGCUGGAGAGACACAGGGAACUACAGCUGCCAAUAUGGCACCAAAUCGGACCCGCCCGUCUGGUCGCAUCCCAGCGACCCCGUGGAGCUGAUGGUAGCAGAGGGAACCGACCCAGCUGGGCCCCAGCAGCCGGAUCACCCCAUGACGGAGCCGGAGGGAGAAGGGGGAACUGACCCAACUCAGCCAGGAACGGCGCUGGCUCCAACCCACCCAGGCAGCACAAGGCCAGGUGGAUCAGAAACACGCGCAGCAUCGGUUCUGACCGGUCCCAUCAUUGCCGGGGUGAGCGCAGCGGCCGCCGGCCUCCUCCUCCUCCUGAGCAUCCUCUGCCACAGAAGCAGCCGAGGAAGGAAAGGACCAGCACUGAGAGAGAGCAGAGAGUCUGAGGCUGCAGCCACAGUCGACACCCUUAUGGGCCAAGGGACGAAGCUGGAUGUUCUGCCCCAGGAGCCCAGCACUGAGGGACUCACCUACGCUGAGCUGGACCUCCAAACGCUGCAGGCCAAACCAGGGGGCCUGGCCCCUGCCCCUGAGCCCAUCCUGUACACUGCGAUCAACAUGAACCAGGGGCCCCAUGGGCAGCACCCACAGGGUGAAGGGGGCACCUUCCUCUCAUCCCCAUAACAUGAACCCGGGGGGGGUCACCCCCAAGGAGAAUGGAUUCCGUGUAUAGUCCCCCAGUAACC